UGGAUCAGUCUCUCUAAGAAAGGAUAUGAAAUGUUCCCUCACACGUCUCCCUCCUUUUAACAGUCUCUGUCUCUCGCCGGCGUUAACAUUAUUUCCGUCAGUGAAACUUCUCUUUCUCACUCUUCGCCGUCACUUUUAAACUGAAUCAACGUCUCAAAACCGUUAGUUCUUCGAAAAUCUCCGAUCAUCUCUCUCUCUCUCUCUUCGUGUUGACUAGAUUGUAUAGUGUUUUGUUGCAAAGAUGAUGCUGGAUCUCAACCUCGACGCUGACUCUCCCGAGUCGACUCAGUACGGUGACUCAAACGCAGAUCGGCAGACGUCAGACGGCUCCGGGAACCGAGUGGAUGAGUCAGGGACGUCGACGUCAUCGGUAAUCAAUGCAGAUGCAGACGACGACUCUUGCUCAGCUCGCGCCUUCACUCACAGUUUCGAUAUAUUAAAAGUCGGAGGAGGAGGAGGAGACGAAAGCACCGCUUCUAUCUCCGGCGUUACCAAGGAGCUUUUCCCAGUGGCUGGAGACUGUGGGAAGCUACGAGGUUGGAGCUCCAGAAGCUGGAUGGAUCUGUCUGUCGGCACGAAAUCGGUGGCUCCUGCUCCGGCGCCGGCUCAGGUGAGAAAGAGCCGGAGAGGACCGAGGUCAAGAAGCUCGCAGUAUAGAGGAGUCACUUUCUAUAGAAGAACUGGUAGAUGGGAAUCACAUAUUUGGGAUUGUGGGAAACAAGUUUAUUUAGGUGGUUUUGACACUGCUCAUGCCGCUGCUAGAGCUUAUGAUCGGGCAGCUAUAAAAUUCAGAGGAGUUGAUGCUGAUAUCAACUUUACUGUUGGUGAUUACGAGGAAGAUAUGAAACAGGUACAGAACCUGAGUAAGGAAGAGUUUGUGCACAUACUCCGUCGCCAGAGCACGGGCUUCUCUCGGGGAAGCUCAAAGUAUAGAGGGGUUACAUUACACAAAUAUGGCAAAUGGGAAACUGGGAUGGGGCAGCUUCUUGCUAAAACGGCAUACAACAAGGCUAAGAUAAGCUCUAAUGGUGGUCAUGACAAACUUGAUCUCAACUUGGGAAUCUCUCUUUCUCCUGGGAAUGCGGCAAAGCAAAAUGGGAGGCUCUCUCAUUUCCCUUCUAAUCCGUAUGAAACUCCACCCGGAGUUAGCUUGACGAUAGAUACCGAGUUUAUGGGAAAGCCGGUGAAUACACAUCUUCCUUAUGGUUCAUCGGACCAUCGUGCUAACUUUGAGGAGAAUAUAAGUGAAGUAGGGAUGAUGAGUAACUGGGGAUGGCAUAGACCUGGCCAAACCAGCACCAUGAGACCGCAACAACCAGGCGCACAACCACCACAGUUGUUCUCAGUUGCAGCAGCAUCAUCAGGAUUCUCUAAUUUCCGGCAACAACCUCCCAGUGAAAAUGCCUCUCAUGGUUAUUUUUAUCCACAAUUUUAACUAUACAGAAGGAGGCUUACAAAAAAAAAAAAAGUGUGUUUGUAUAUGAAUUCUUUAUGAAAUGGAUAUGUUUUCUUUAUCUUUAAUGUGGGAAAAGAAUGUUAUGCGCUGUACCUUGGUGGUAACUGGUAAGAAGACUCUUGGAAAUUGGAAGAUACAUUUUGUAAAUAAAUAAGGCACCAGGAUUGAAUUUUUGUCGUUA